AUGAUUAUUUAUGAAUUAUGAUUGGGUUGGGAAUUGUUGGGAUUUGGGAAUUUGAUUUGGAAAUUGGAAUAUUUCCUUUAUAUUCAUAGGAAUUUGCAAUCCAAUCUUUAACAAAACAAAAUGUUGUUGCGAAAUAUGCUGAUCAUAAUCAAUAGUGUUUUCUUGUGUUACUUCUUGUAAGACUGUUUCUGUUUGUGUGAAUUUAUAGAUUAAAGAAACACUGGCACGAUGAAUUACCUAAACAUUGAUUCUCCGAUAUCUGCAAAUUCUGAUAGUAAAGAUGAAAUAAACAAUGAAGAUCUUGAAGUAGAUAAUUCAAAAAGUGUACUUCUGAAGAUAGCAACACUGUAUGCGGAACAGUUGAUGAGUGACUUGGUGCUAGAAGUGGGCGGUGUUGGGUAUCCAGCCCAUAGGUUAAUACUAUGUGCCAGCAGUGAAGUCUUCCAGGUAAUGUUAAUGAACCGUGAAUGGAGCGAGUGGCGAGAGAGUCGCAUAGUGCUCCAGGAGACACCCACGGCUGCAUCAGUCUUCCCCCACUUCCUCAAGUACUUCUACACCGGCCAAAUCAAGAUAUCAUACCAGACUGUGCUUCCAGUGCUGUCACUGGGCGACAAAUAUAAUGUUAAGGAUCUAGUCACACUGUGUUUGGACUACAUGUCACAGCAUAUAGCACAGGCGGCCAAAAGAGGUCACCUCAUUGCAUGGAUGCAGUACACCAUGGCAUGCGGCCACAAUGACGUAGCUAAGGCUUGCCAGAAUUUCGUGAAGUGGAAUUUGGAGUGGGUGGUGGACAGCGAGCUGGAGGAGCUGGAGGACGACGCGCUGCUGAUGCUGCUGCAACAGAGCGACCUCGUGCUGCACAACGAGAUGUCACUUUACCAGUUCGUGGUCCGUUGGCUGAGCAAGCAGCGGGACAGACUGAGCACGAGUGAGCUGGGGGAAGCUGAGUUGAAACAGCACUGGGAUUCUCUCGUCUCUACGGUAUUCUCUCAUGUCAGGUUUCCCAUGAUGUGUCCCAAUCAGUUGGCCAAGUUGCUGCUAUGUCCGCUAACUCAGGAACACAAGGAAUUCUUUAUGGAACGAAUGGCAGUUGCCAUGAGCUAUCAAUCAGGACAAUACGAAAGGAUAUCAGAAGUACAGCAGACUGAAGCUGGCCGAAUGCUCUUCACCCCCCGGCUGUACACCGAGGAUAUGUGGGGCUCCGUGCUCGCCGUGGACAACUUCCACUCGCUGCAGUCCUACCACACGAGGACCUUCAUCUUCUCCACCAGACCCUCGGUAGCAGACAUGGCUACUGAGAAGCUGACAGAAUGGACUGUGGAUCUCUAUCCCAAGGGAGUUUGGUUUAAGAAGAGCAUGCUGAUUGUUUGGGCUGGAACUUAUGACGUGCCGGAGGUGGUGCUGCGCACGGUGCGCAUUUCCAUCACGUGCCAGAACUGUCCCGAGCAGAGCGCCUACGAGCGCGACUACCUCGACUACUACGAGCCCGACGUGCGGGUCAAGAUAGGCAUCCUGGUGUGGGGCGUGCAGAAGGGCGUCGAGCACGUGGUCUCCGUCGUGGAGCGCGUGCAUCGCUUCUCUGCGCAGAACAGAGUACUGAAUAUAGAUGGAGCGCUGGAUUUCGAUGAGUUGAACACUCCGCUGUACACGCCGCUAGACGACGUCUCCGCCUCGCCCAACUCCGCCGCGUCCGCCUCCCCCUCGCUCAGCUCUAAGGGCACCGGCACCGGGCGCUGCCAGAAAUGUUCGGACAGUUGCGACUCGCCCGAACCGAAACAUCUCCUCGGACCCAAUAGAGACCAACUGCGGAUACAAGUAGUGAUAGUGCCUCUAACGGACUUUAGCCACGUCGGCGCUCCCGACGCUCGCGUGUGACCACUUACCGUGUUCAGUGCACACUGACUGUAGACUUAGAAAUUGUAUUCAAUACACUAAACUCCGGCCGCUCUGUGAUUGCGUUUCUGACAGGUCGUGGUCGAAUGGGACUCACAUAUUCAAUUACAGUUGCCUCGUUAUUUUAUCUUAUUUUACAAAGAUAAACAGUUGGCAUAACCUUGUACGCCAGUUCGAAAUUACAUUUUUUUUUCAUUCUUUACAAGUUAUCCCUUGACUACAAUCUCACCUGAUGAUAAGUGAUGAUGCAGUCUUAAAAUGGAAGCGGACUAACUUGUUAGAACGAGAAUGAAAAUCCACACCCCUUUUCGGUUUCUAAACGAUAUCGUAUCGGAACUAAAUCGCUUGGCGGUCUUUGUCGGUAGGGAACUAGCACGGCCGAAGCCAAUCCCAAAGGCCCCAAUGGGCCCAGCCAGGGAUCGAACCCAGGACCUAUGUUUUGUAAAUCCACCGCGCAUACCAUUGCGCCACGGUGACCGUUACAUCGUCCAUUCGAUCACGACCUGUCAGAAACGCUAUUUCUGAGCGGCCAGACUUUAUCUAUCUGUAAACUGUCGGUUGGUUGGCGCCAUUGUAUUAUUUCUUUGUUGGUCUUUAUUUGCUAUGUUGGUAGCUAUAUGUUUUAUAAUUAUUACUUUUUAUUAAAAAAAAUAUUUUGGUAAGCAAGUCGCCGACAGAACAGAUAUAAAUGUUUUUGAAAAUGUCUAUUCGAGUGUCUUAGGAUAAAUUUAUUAAUUAACGUUCGAUUAUAAUGUUGAACUUUUGAUGCUUUUGUGUAAAUUGUGGAAAUUAAGACCAUAUAGUACCACAAACUUAUCUUUUAGUAUAAUGUUUUUCAAAAUGGCGUCCGCCGCGACGUUAGUUCAAGCAUGCACACAGAUUGAAGAAUAAUAGGCAGAUAGAACACGCAUGGAACACGGCAGCAAAUACAAAUUAAAAAACUAAUACAUUUUCGAGUCAGUAAGACAAAGCGUCGCAUCCAUAAUUUAUUUAUGACCAAUAUUAUUCAAGAAAAAUGGCGUCAUAUGUUUUUAAAUAUUUUAAAAACUGUUUACAAAAACUAAAGAAAUAAGUUGGAGUAUUUUUUUAUAGUUAAAUAUUGAUUUUAAUCUAUUCUGAUAUUAUUUUCGUAAUUGUUGUUAGUGUUUUAAACUUCCAGAGAAUUGCCGGUGUUGCUAGUCCAAAUUUAAAAUGUUCUCCCUAAAAUUUAGGGCAACAGCUAAUUUAAUAUACAUAUAAACAUUUAUUUUCUUAUUAAUUAACACCAUUUACCCAAACGCGCAGUUAUAAUUCACACCCACAGUUAUAAGUAUGUUCUUUAAAUCCCAACAUUGAUUCAUAAAUUCAUAAUAAUAUUUAAGACUAUUCAAAAAAAAUCUUCAUUCCAUGAAUAUUUCUUGGCAUGACGUCGGUUUUUUUUUUGAGGGUUUCUCUGGGCUAUGCGCGGCUUGUAAAGACUUAUUCUGUAUCAUUCUCUAAUCUGUGUGCUAGCAUCUAAUUUCAUCGGAUGUCAAGCCGUUAGCGCUGCAAGCAUGUGGGCUUACUGGAUGGUGUGUUGUGGCAGCUAGCAUUAAACUAUUUGCGUUAGUUGCAACUUUAGCCACCAGCCCCUGUAGCCAAAUGGCACGUCGAUUCUCUGUCUACAAUCGCUAACGCAUCGAAAACUAAAAAAAUGUAUGGGAAUGACAUUUGGUAUCGGAAGUCACGUGAUCAAGAUCUGUCAUUCCCAUACAUUUUUUUAGUUUUCGAAGCGUUUGCGAUCGUAGAAAGAGAAUCGACGUGCCACUUAGCUGCAGGGGCUGGUCAGAUAACUUUGUGGUACUAUAUGUACAUAUUAUGACUGACAGCAGGAAGGCUAUUCAGUAACGAUGUUUUACAUAACUCGCGAGUUUCGAAUUUACCUCUAUCUCUCUCUCUGUCUGACACUAUACUAUAGAAAGAGAUAGAGGUGAAUUGCAAUUGAAAGGCGAAACUCGCACUUACGAGUUAUGUAAAACAUCAUUACAAAAUAACGCUAUAGGAAGAAUAGGAAUAUUGGUCGUAUUUAAAAAAAAACUAUAUGGCAAAUAUUCUUUAAAAAAAAAGUUAUGGCAAAUGUUUAUAUUGACCCGGUAGCUCCACGGUGAACACCUACUGACAGGUCGUGGGUUUGAACCCCGCUCACUGGACUAUUGUUGUAGUCUUUCAGAGUAAUUUGAAGGGAAAUAAAUAAUUAUUUCUCAUAUAUAUUUUUAAAGGUAAUAUAAUUAUGUAUUUUGUAAAUAUACUAUGUUUAUUGUAAUUUGGUGUGCAAUAUGAUGUUGAUUUUGUUGUCAUGGCAUUUGAUGGUGAAGAUGGCUACAAUGGAAAGGUAUUUUGAAAAAAAUAACCUAUAUUUUUUUGUUCAAUGGAUUUUCUGUUGCUUUGCUAGAACAUUGCUAAGGUGCAAUGACUUGCACAAGGUCUCUAACUAGGGUAGACAACAUAAGUACAAAUUGUAUAACAUGGAAAAUUCUGUCUUUUUUCCUGUUCCGUUUAUUGCUUUUGAGCAUUGCAUCAAAACUUAUUACAUAUUUAAAACAUGUAAAGAUGUUCCUGUGUUUGAGUGAAACAAAUGUUUCAAACAAAAAAAUUGUAUUUUGUCGCCAUUUUUUACUUAACGUCUUGUUAUUUUUUUUUGGUCCAGCCAGACCUGGACUUAUUAAGAAAAACUUAAUCGGUCCAGCUGGUGAUCGAACCCAGGACCUCCGUCUUGUAAAUCCACCGCGCAUAUCACCCACGGAGGCCGUCAAAAAGAAGUAAGAAGGACCAUCUCUGUAUAAAUGUCUUAAAUUAACUCCGUACAAUUUUGUUUGUUCUACCCCCUCUAUAAUUACAUAUUCGACUAGCUGACGCCGCGCGGUUUCACCCGCGUGAUUCCCGUACUCGUAGGAAUACGGGGAUAAUAUGUAGCCUAUAGCCUUCCUCGAUAAAUGGGCUUCAAAUCGGAAAGAAUUUUUCAAAUCGGACCAGUAGUUCCACAGAUUAGCGAGUUCAAACAAAAAAGUCUUCAAAUUUAGUACAGAUUUCAGCAUAAUUCGAUCUAUCUCCAUUUGCUUAGGUUUAACGUCCUGUACGCUGCUUAGUCUACGUCAACGACUUGUCUCGUGACGAGAGAGGUAUAAUGUCGACCAGUAGCGGCGGAAUCGAAAAUAUCGAUCUCUUUCGUUGCAACGGCAUGAAUAGAACACUUUUGGAGUUUCACUCAUUAAUCGAUUUUUCAUAUAAAGCCCCCGGUAUGAAAAAAUAUGGGUAAUAAAAUGCGAUGAACGAAUGACAGCGUUGGGUUUUUUGUGCGCAACCUAUUUUGCGCACCUUUCACCGUGCGCUGCCGCCAACAGUUGGAGGACGGGCUCGCACGCCGCGGCCUGCUGCUCCUCGUUUGCGCACCUUUCACUUUUCAGGACGUACAUAUGUAUGCUGCGGGGCAACAUACACCUAUUUAGACAGUCGAUCUGAAAGAGUAAACCCCACUCGUGCCUCGGAGCUGACACACACUUUUUUUAGUUAGAUCAAAUGAGAUGGUUCUUCUUACUUCUACUGAAGAACAGAAAAACUAAAUUAUUGUUUGCAAUGCUUCAUAGGUACUAAAGAUGGUAGCUCACAUCUGAAGUGCUUUUUGUUUAGUAUGGUAGUUCAUACAAGUAUUUGUUACAUAAAUGAAUGUCUCUUUUCAUAUGUUAGUAUUGAAAUGAAAGUGACCAUCAACAUUAUACUUCUUGUUGAAUAAUAUUAAAAAAGUUUGUGAUUCAAA